AUGGAGGUCAAAGUGCCCAGCACCCGCUUGCUGACCUCAGUGCGCCUCGAGAAUGUCUCGCCUCUGAGAGUGGUACUGGCCACCUGUGUCGCAUUCCCCUUGAUAUUCAUCAUCGGCUUCUACCUAUGGGUCACACCGAGUACACUGAAGGAUUCGAGGCGGAAACACCUUCCCCCCGGUCCUCGCGGUUUGCCCUUUCUGGGAAAUUUCUUUGAAAUGUCGAAGGCUGAAACGUUUCGAUUUCAGGCGCAGAAGUGGGCCAAGGAGUAUGGGGAGAUCUUCUACACUAAGAUGGGAGGAGCUGAUUACAUCUAUUUGUCAUCUCCUACGGCGGUGAAAGAAUUGAUGGACAAGAAGUCUGGCAUAUACUCCUCCCGACCACCAGCACCGCUUGCUAGCGACGUGGCUUCCGCAGGUCGACGACAAUUGUUUAUGCCAUACGGGCCCAAGUACCGCGUUGUACGGAAAAUCGCCCAUCAGCUCCUCAAUAUAACUGUUUCAACCAGCUAUCAACCUAUUCAAGACCUUGAAUCCAAGCAAUUGGUGUACGAUUUGCUCCACGACCCGGAACACUUUUAUGACCACAACCGACGCUAUUCAUCGAGUGUGAUCCUGACAGUGGCAUAUGGACAUCGGAUGGCCGAUUGGGACAAUCCAUUGGUCAAGAAGAUCUACAGUGUGGUCAACAACCUACAACAAUUUUCCGCACCGGGUGCCUUCCUCGUGGACACAUGGCCUUCGCUGCGAUAUUUCCCCCAGUGGAUGUUUGGUAACUGGAGGAAGUUUGGCGAGAAAUGCUUUGCACAUGACUCCGUUGUCUACCUUAAUCUCUGGGGAGACUUAAAGAAAGAGGUCGACGAACGCAAGGCUAACCCAUGCUUUGCGAAAGAUUUCUACCUCAGCAACCCGGAGAAACUUGGAUUAGAUCAGCUUCAAGCAGCAUAUCAAACCGGUGGCCUGGUCGAAGCUGGCUCUGAAACAACGUCUGCGUUCCUCAACUCCUGGAUUUUAGCAAUGACCCUGCAUCCACAUAUUAUGAAAAAGGCUCAGGAAGAGGUCGAUCGAGUGGUUGGAGGAGACAGGCUGCCCACAUGGGAAGAUGAGGCAAAUUUACCUUAUCUCAGAGCCAUGAUUAAAGAAUUACUUCGUACUCGCCCGCCCAAUAAAUUCGGUAUUCAGCACUAUACGACUGAGGACGACUGGGCAAUAAACUAUGAUCCAGCUCACUGGGACAAGCCCGACGAGUUUAUGCCAGAACGCUUUCUCGGCUACGAUCUCCCAGCCGCUUCCUACAUCAACAUUGGGGACCCCAACCAGCGCGACCAUUUUUCAUACGGAGCAGGAAGGCGAGUCUGUCCCGGUGUGCAUGUGGCGGAGAAGUCGCUGUUCUUAAACAUUGCUCGUGUGCUGUGGGCCUUUAACAUCUCCAAGAAAAUCGCAAAAGAUGGAAGUGUGAUUGAGCCAAACAUUGCAAUGGUUCCAGGCUGGAUGACAAUCCCUCAACCGUUUGAAUGUGAUAUUACGGUGAGGUCGGAAAAGAAAGCGGCAUUGAUCAAUAAGAUUUGGGCCGAGACCAAGGAGACCCUGGGUGAAAAAUAG